AAUGUUUUGUAAUUUAAUGGAGCUGAGAUUCAAGAAUACGGGACUUUCAUAAAAAAAUAAAUAAAGGCUAUUGUUCUGUUCUGAAGGGACCAACAAACACAUUUGGAUGCCUGUUUGGGCUUUGAAAAACUUGUAGUACCAUCCAUUUCUGCGCCUCCAAUUUACAACCAAGAGUCCAAAACCAACUGAAACUAGGCCCAACUGCGGACCUCUGCAAGCAAACUGCCGUGCCUCCUCGUCUCCCUCCGCCCUCUCCUCGAAACUUGCCGAAACAGAACACGAACUUGCAGAAUCCUGUCGAUUUAGAUGGAAGCAGAAGAGGUACUGGAGGAGCUCCAAAGCGUCGAGGUUGAACUUGAAGAUGUCCAAGACCAGAUAAGGGCAUUGCUGGAGAGGCAAGAGAUGCUGUAUGAGAGACAGUCGGAGCUGAAAGCUUUGCUGGAGGCGUGUCAGGAAUCGGGAAGUCCGGUGAAAGAUGGCGCAGCGACUGCCGUGGAAAACUGGUCGGGAGCGUUCGAGUGGGAUUCUCGAGCUGAUGAUAUUAGAUUGAAUGUUUUUGGCAUCUCAACAUAUCGCGCAAAUCAGAGGGAGAUAAUAAAUGCAGUCAUGAGCGGAAGAGAUGUUCUGGUGAUUAUGGCUGCAGGCGGUGGAAAGAGCCUUUGCUACCAGCUGCCGGCUAUCCUCCGUGAAGGAGUUGCUCUUGUUGUCAGUCCUUUGCUUUCUUUAAUCCAAGAUCAGGUCAUGGGUUUGAAUGCCUUAGGCAUCUCGGCAUUCAUGUUGACAUCAACUACGAGCAAGGAAGAUGAGAAAUUUAUAUACAAGGCCCUUGAGAAAGGUGAAGGGGAUCUCAAAAUAUUGUAUGUCACGCCAGAGAAGAUAUCAAAAAGCAAGAGAUUUAUGUCAAAGCUUGAAAAAUGCCAUAAUUCUGGCCGUCUCUCUCUAAUUUCUAUUGAUGAGGCUCAUUGCUGCAGUCAGUGGGGGCAUGAUUUUCGCCCAGACUAUAAAAAUCUUGGAAUUCUCAAGACCCAGUUUCCGAGUGUACCUCUUUUGGCUUUGACUGCAACUGCUACUCAGAAAGUCCAGAAUGAUCUGAUGGAUAUGCUUCACAUUCCAAAAUGUGUUAAAUUUGUCAGCACAGUCAACAGGCCGAAUCUAUUUUAUAUGGUUCGAGAAAAGUCAUCUGUUGGGAAGGUGGUUAUUGAUGAGAUUGCUGAAUUUAUACAAGAAUCUUAUCCAAAUAAUGAAUCUGGCAUAGUGUACUGCUUUUCCAGAAAGGAAUGCGAACAGGUUGCCAGUGAAUUACGGGAGAGAGGAAUAUCAGCUGAUUAUUACCACGCAGACAUGGAUGUAAUUGCUCGUGAGAAAGUUCAUAUGCGAUGGAGCAGAAAUAAGUUGCAAGUCAUUGUUGGUACGGUUGCAUUUGGAAUGGGAAUCAACAAACCAGAUGUCAGGUUUGUCAUCCAUCACAGCCUGAGUAAAUCAAUGGAAACAUAUUACCAGGAAAGUGGUCGAGCUGGAAGAGAUGGGCUGCCUUCUGAGUGUCUACUCUUCUAUAGGCCUGCUGAUGUUCCUCGUCAGAGUUCCAUGGUCUUCUAUGAGAACUCUGGACUGCAGAAUCUUUAUGACAUAGUACGCUAUUGUCAGUCCAAAAAACAAUGCCGAAGAAGUGCCUUCUUUCGCCAUUUUGCUGAGCCAUUACGAGACUGCAAUGGGAUGUGCGACAACUGUGCAUUCUCAAGUGAGGUUAAAGAAUUGGACGCAACUCGUCAUGCUAAACUUAUAGUUUCAUUGGUGCAUGAUAUUCAAGAGAAUGAACGAAGAUUGACAAUGUUGCAGUUGGUAGACAAGAUUAAAAAUAAGCAAAAGGAACUAGGUUUUGAACUAAAGAAAGAAGAAAUGGAACAGCUUGUUUUACAGCUUAUACUAGAUCGUGUUUUGAAAGAAGAAUUCCAGCAUACAGCUUAUGCCACCAAUGCUUAUGUAACAGUAGGACCAUUGGCAAAGCAAGUGUUGCAAGGGAAGAGAAUCAUAAAGAUAGAGGUUGCCAGCAAGCAGAAGAAUAUGGAUGGCACUAAGAAAUCAACUAAACGAGGCCUUGCAUCAUCGAGUUUGGAGAUUCAGCUUGACAGGCUGAGGAAGGAACUCUCUUCGGUUGAUGGGGGAAUAUUCCCCCAUUCCAUCCUGUCUAGUCAACAGAUCAGUAUGAUAAGUUCCCAGAAACCAGUAUCAAAGGAAGAGUUGGAGAAGAUAAUAGGAAAGUUGAAAACAGAAAAAUAUGGGGAUAGAAUUCUGGAAGAAGUCCAGAAAUAUGGUGAUACCAAGCAGAAUGUUGGGUUGAAAGAAGAACAAGACAAUGAUGAAAAUAGACCCAGGAAGAAACUGAAGACACAGAAGGGAGUCGUUCUCAUUGAUAGCAGUGAUGAGGAGUAGUAAUCAAAAUUCUUAUCAUGCUUUUAGUUUUGGUAGAAUGUACACUCUAGAAAUGACAAGAGAAAGUGUGAUUCUUUUGCCAUAUAAAAUGGUCUAUCAACAGAAAUUGCUUUCCUUGGUUGCAAAGCUACUAAUGAAUUCCAACAGAAAUG